AUGUCAUAUCAAGAAAAAUAUCACGAGUUGGCCUGUCAAGUUGCCGCGAUUGUUCAUAAUAAAAAUGAAGAGCAACUACGGCAAAAUAAAACGAUAGUCGCUGUAUACAUUAAUGAAUCAACUAGUGAUUCGAUGCAUUUGAUGUCGUAUCACUUUCUUGCUGGAGUGUCAACAAUAAGUCACAUAUUAGGUGAAACAUGCGAUGCUAUAUGGAACUGUAUCCAUCAGAAUCUGAUUCCACCAUCAAAAACUACAGAGGAAUGGCUACACCUUGCUAAAGAAUUUGAAGAGAAAUGGGAUUGUAAUCACUGCAUAGGCGCAAUUGACGGCAAACAUUGUCCACCUAACGCAGGAUCAUCUUAUUUUAAUUAUAAGAAGUAUCAUAGUAUUGUGCUCCUCGGAAUCUGUGACGCACAAUAUAUGUUCACGUUUGUUGAUAUAGGAGCCUAUGGUUGCUGCAGUGACAGUGGUAGGUUUAUGAAUUCAACGAUUGGUCAAAAAUUUGCAUCAAAGGAAAUGAACGUACCUGCACCAGAACCUCUCAGCCCAGGUGGACCCCCUUUAUCAUAUGUUUUAGUGGCCGAUGAAGCUUUUCAAUUGACGGAUUAUUUGCUCCGGCCUUAUCCAGGAAAAGGCGGUUUAAACGACGAGCGAAAUAUUUAUAACUAUCGAUUGAGUCGAGCUAGAAGAACAAUCGAGAAUACAUUUGGUAUUUUAGCCAGCUAA